GCGGGAGAAACUGUCCUGUCCUGAUGUCACAUGUAUAGAUAUUCAUUGAAAAGAUUUAGGUCACUGCAGCUGUUCUCUCUGGAGACCAUAUAAAAAAUUCCCGAAAAGGGAUUUGAAAUGCCAGAAACCAUAACAGAUCUUAACAGAUCUAGUAACAAAGGAGUGAAACAUGAAUUUUUUAACUCAAUACAAGAUUGAAGUUUGGCGCCAAACGUUUAGCUGGGAUGAGGUCCAGCAUGCAAUUCGUUCGUCAGUGUCACCAGGUAGGAUAAUAAUUGUAAGUGUGCCAUUCUUCACAAAAUUGUUUCUGAUCUUCAUGUAAUUAAGCUCAGAAUUCUCGAGUUAAGUAUGCGAUCAAGGAGGCCAGAACAACAUCAGCAUGGUCUUUAUUUUUAUUAGCUAUCUUUUAAUCACCUCUGCCCCCUCCCAAAGAAACAAUCUGCAGUGAAAACAAACCCCCUGGGUAAAUCCCCAAUUCACGAGACAUCAUACUUUCUGUUUCACUCCUACUGAUAACAGAGAGCAACGGAUAGCUUCUAGCAUGCUAAAUGGUUAAUAAAGCAUGGCUUUUAGACUUAACUUUAUUCCCUAACAAUUGCCUCAUUCUGUUUGUCUGCUAUUAACCGCAAUAGCAAAAUGUUUUCGAAGGAGCUCCUGAUAAGCGCAGCUGUCAUGUGAGCAAAAUACAUGCUAUUUUGAGGAAAAAUAACACCAAACAAGUGUGGUAUUGUUUGUCACAAAUGAGAACACUCAACUGAUAAGCCAAAAACACGAACCCAAUCGCAAAGGCUGUCAUAUGACAUGCGAUCCAUUACGUCUUAAGUGCCGUCAUUUCUUGACCUUUGUGUUCAUAUUUAUGUAAGACAUUUUCAUAAGCAUGGCUUCGUUUACGUGGGUGUUACGAAGGUGUGCACAAAUGUUUUUGUGCUUCUGCUGACCUGCUCUAGGGAAAAGGUAGUGGCUGGAGGUUUUGCGCAGACUGUUAAGUUUUUAAACCCCUGUCUCGACAAUAACCUGUCUUCAAGGCUGGUAGCCUCUCAGUUAGCGCAGCUGAGCAAAACGGAAAACACUUAUAAAAGAUAUUUUGUGAAUUUUCAACCUUGUGGAGAUUACGUUUAAGACAACGACCCAGGUUAAGAUGUCGAGUGCAAAGGAGAACCAGAAGGGAAGAACCUUAAAGCAUGGCUACCUACUAAAGCAAAGCGAAGUUCUGAAACAGUGGCAUCUGCGCUAUUUUGUCCUCAGCAAAGAAUGUUUGUGUUACUAUCGAACAGAGAAGGAAUCCUUGGAAAGCGCGCCUAAGGAAGUCAUAUACUUCAAUGACAUGUCGUUGUACAUAGAUGAGUUACCAGACAAGCAAACUAAGUACUGCUUGAAGCUUGUGAAACGAUCAUUAUCGUCCAAGAUCACAACGCGGACAUUUUUCUUGUGUUGCUUCUCGGAGCAUGAAAGAAACGAAUGGUUGUCACAGAUUCUCCAAGCAAAAGCGAUCGCGUUGGUGGUCGACCCAACUACGUGGAGGGGGAACCAGGAAAACAUGGACUCUGAGCUUGUUAAUUCUGGCAGCAGUGUAAGGCUUGCCUCUGCCAAGGAAAUCAUCCAAAAAUGCCGCCGUAAGAUCUCGUCUGGUGGAAGCACAAGGGGGGAUUCGCCAAGCAUGUUAUUUCUUGAUGAUUUUAGCGUAAACAAAAGACGCAAGUCUACUAGUUGCUUGAGUCAGGAAUGGAGGAAUACAUUAAUGGCGAUUUAAUUGCACAUGUACCGUUAUUUAACUGCCAACGAACAAAGAAAAUUUAGAGAUGGAUUGAAGGCGAGCAGUUAAUUAUAGUUUUGCGUAAAAUUAAGGACAGGGGACAUAUUAAGCAAAAUACAUUGUUUAUGGCAUGUGCAUCGCAUUUUUCGCGCAGUUUUCAUUACAGCUGAAUCACUAACUUUAAACUUUGAGCUUUGAACUUAAAACUGCAUGGCGUCGUUUUUCAGUGCUUGGUAACCUGAUUGGCUCUCAAUUCACGAUAACAUUUAAAAAAUCCAUUUUUUUAAAGUCCGACUUCUUUGAUUUUCAGUUGUUUUUACUGAAAAGACUUAGCUUUCAGUUUAUCCAGUUAUUCGGGUGAAUUGCAUAAGCAGAUAAAAACAAGUAAGCUAAGGUUCGUGUUUAUUCUCUAAGACCUCUAAGAGAACAAAUUCUGUCAACUUAUACCGUAACAAAUGUAUCCAGAUUUGCGCGCACAUUGCAUUUAGUAUUUAUACGAUAUUUAUAUCUAUUUACUCAAUUGUUCCUUUUUGUAAGCGAAAAACAAAGUACAUCUCUUUUGACGUACUACGUACAGCAAAGAAAUUUUGUUUUGGUUUCAGAUAACACAAAAGAAAAAUAUGUUUGGUUUUGAUUUCUCGCCACUGUUAGGCAAUGACAGGCUUGAUAUAUAUGUGCGCUAUUUUGCACAGAAUUUAGCAAUUCGUUUUCGUAAAAUAUUCUGCAGGCUCGUUGAAGAGCUCGAGAAGAAAAGAAAAUGUGUAGAAAGAUAUUUUGUUACGGUAAGACUAAGACUAAAAAACUAAGAAGCACGGACAGUACUCAGUGUCCAUAUGGGUUCAAUAGGUAUAGUUGUAUGAACUAUUUAAAAUGAUUUGAUAAAAGAUAGUUGAUGCAUAUAAUUAAAGACCUCCUUUCGAAGUGUGGAACUAA